GCGGCGGGCGGAGCGGGGGAAGCCCGGUCGGGUCGAGGGCCCAGCGUGGCGCCCAGGGCCAUGGAACCGCGGCCGCGGCCCGGGACCUGUGCGGCGGCGGCGGCCCUCCUCUUCCUGCUGCUGCUGGGUGCCCGGGCCAGCACCCUCAGCCCCCGGUGUGACUGCGGCCACAGCUUCCCAAAGCGGAGUGGUCUGGGCUGCUGCAAGGGCUGUCCAGCAGGGCACUACCUGAAGGCCCCCUGCACAAAGCCUUGUGGCGUGGCCACCUGCCUCCCCUGUCCGCAGGGCACCUUUCUGGCCCGGGAAAACCACUAUGAGACCCGCUGUGCCCGCUGCCAGGCCUGCGAUGAGCUGGCCCCCCAGAUGGCCCUGAGGAACUGCUCAGCAGUGGCAGACACCCACUGUGGCUGCAGGCCAGGCUGGUUCAUGGACUGCAUGGUCAGCCAGUGCCGGCAUGGUUCCCCCUUUCGCUGCCACCCAUGCACAGACUGUGGGGCCCUGCACCGGCACACGCAGACACCUUGUUCUAGCAGAGACACCCACUGUGGGACCUGCCUGCCUGGCUUCUAUGAAUAUGGCAAGAGCUGCGUGUCCUGUCCCACUGUGUACCUCACCCUCCACCCAUUUCCCCCUCCCCUUGCAGGAGCACCCUUGGGAGCUGUCCUGAGCCCUGUGUGGCUGUCUGUGGCUGGAGGCAGAGUAUCUGCUCUUUCAGUGUUCUGGGUGCAGAUGCUCGUGGCAGGCCUGGUGGUCCCACUCCUGCUUGGUGCCACCCUGACCUACACAUACCGCCGCUGCCAUCCUUGCAAGCCCAUGGGGCCCACAGAUGACACUGGUGUGGAGGUCCUGACCCCCCUACAGACCACCAAUCUCUCACCCCCAGACAGCGGCCCCGCCCUUCUGGUGCCACCCAGCAGCAGUGAGAAGGUGUGCCCUGUCCAGGUGGUAGGCCACGGCUGGACCUCUGGCUCUCCCCAGACGCAGGAGGCGCCCUGCCCAGAGGCCACAUGGUCCUGGGACCAGCUGCCCAGCAGAGCUCCUGGCCCGUCGCCCCCGCUCUCGCCGGCGCCCCCUGCAGGCUCGGCGGCCGCCACGCUCCAGCCUGGCCCGCAGCUCUACGACGUGAUGGACGCCGUGCCCGCGCGGCGUUGGAAGGAGUUCGUGCGCACGCUCGGGCUGCGAGAGGCGGAGAUCGAGGCGGUGGAGGUGGAGGUCGGCCGCUUCCGCGACCAGCAGUACGAGAUGCUCAAGCGCUGGCGCCAGCAGCAGCACGCGGGCUUGGGCGCCGUCUAUGCGGCCCUGGAGCGCAUGGGGCUGGACGGCUGCGCCGAGGACCUGCGGAGCCGCCUACAGCGCGGCCCGUGACGCCGGGGCCCACCCGCCACUUCGGGGCUCUUGGUGGCCCUUGCAGAAGCCCUAAGUACGGUUACUUAUGCGUGUAGACAUUUAAUGUCAUUUAUUAAGCCCCUGGCAUGGCUCUGCGUAGCAGCGCCAGCCAGCCUCACCCUUGAGCGCCCCCAGAGUCCAGUUACGGCGAGGCAGCGCCAAUGAGGAUCAGGCGGGCUUCGAGGCUUCUCAGCUGUUUCUCCGCCUGUGUUUGGUUGAGGCCUCGGUAUUAAAUCUAUGAAGAAAAGUUA